AUGGAAAACGAUGAUAGACCAGUGAUCGUUUUUGGUGGGUAUGACUGUCGCAAACCAGCUUCACAUAGAAGCAAAACAAUGGAGAUGGAGUGGGAGUUAGAUAUUUCCGUUGUAUCCAUCCAGAAAUAUCCCAUGGAUCAUGACAUAGAAAUCUUGGAUGCGUUGUUGCUCCAACAAACAGUAUCAAUCUCUGCCGCAUUACUUAAACAACCACAAGAAGAACCUGUAGCAGAGAUGAUGGAUUGCAAGAACAGCCAAAUUGCAGCUAACGGUAGAAUUGGGUCCUACAUUCAUGAUUCUCGUAUAGGGGUUUUAACUGAAGUGAACUGCGAGACUGACUUUGUUUGUAGAAGUGAAAAUUUUAAGGACUUGGUUGAUGAUCUGGCAAUGCAGGUCGCGGUCUGCCCGAAAGUGCAGUUUGUAUCCAUUGAGAACAUUCCGGAGAGCUUUGUGAACAAGGAAAGAGAGCUUGAAAUGCAACGAGAUGAUGACCUCCUAUCAAAACCUGAGAACAUUAGAGAGAAAAUUGUUGAGGGAAGGGUCUCAAAGAUGCUUAGAGAGCUUGCUAUUCUAGAGCAACCUUUCAAUAAGAAUGACAAUAUUCUGGUUAAGGACUUGUUGAAACAAACUAUAGCUACAAUUGGGGAGAAUAUAGAAGUAAAAAGGUUUGUUCGGUUCACUCUUGGGGAAACAAUUGAAAAUACAAAAACAGGAAUUGAAGCAUGA